ACGGUUUACAUUAAAUGGACUGCAUAGUCACGUGAUGCUAUACGUCACAUGUAAACCAGGGGGAAGAUGGCGGCCGCCGGAGGAGAGCCUUCCACCGAAAAUGUGUCAGAUGAAUUAUUUCAAAACUUUUACACGGAGGUGAAGCAGAUUGAAAAGAGAGACUCUGUGUUAACUUCCAAGCAGCAGAUUGACAGACUGCUCAGACCUGGCUCGUCCUACUUCAACCUCAAUCCCUUUGAGGUGCUGCAAAUUGAUCCGGAGGCAACUGAUGAUGAAUUGAAGAAAAGAUUUCGGGCGUUGUCCAUUUUGGUCCAUCCAGACAAAAAUCAGGAUGAUCCAGACAGAGCACAGAAAGCCUUUGAAGCUGUGGACAAGGCGUACAAACUCCUGCUGGAACCAGAGCAGAGGAAGAGAGCCUUAGAUGUGAUCCAUGCAGGACAGGAAUAUGUGGAGCAUAUCGUAAAGGAGAAAAGGAAACAGCUGAAGAAGGAUGGAAAGCCGUUAUAUGUGGAGGAAGAUGACCCUGAAGUGUUUAAGCAAGCUGUGUACAAACAGACCAUGAAGCUGUUCGCAGAGCUUGAAAUCAAGAGGAAGGAAAGGGAAGCUAAGGACAUGCAUGAAAGGAAAAGGGCAAGAGAGGAAGAAAUCGAGGCAGCAGAGAAAGCAAAGCGGGAGAGAGAAUGGCAGAAAAACUUUGAGGAAACAAGAGAUGGGCGUGUGGACAGUUGGAGGACCUUCCAGGCCAAAGGCAAGAAGAGCAAGGAGAAAAAGAACAGGUCCUUCCUCAAGCCCCCGAAAGUCAAGAUGGAACAGAGGGAAUGAUGUUGUAAAGCUGGACUUUGUUAGAAUAAACCUACUGUUGUUAAAAAAACAGUUCUGUGUGUUAUCACCUCUUCGUCUACAGUCAACUUUGAAGUCGUUGUUCCACAGUCAUCGAGAUACUUUCCUCAUCCCGACCCUGACAAACAUAGUUUUGUACUUGGUUUUUCUAAUGUACAUAUUUGUGAUCUGGACCCAGAGAUCAUACUCUCCUCAUGUAAGAAAGAGAAAUGCUGCAUCUUACAGUUCUGUAACUGAUGAGAAAAAUGUGGUUUGUCAUUGUUUUUUUCUUUUUGUUUUUAUAACUAAAUAAAGCUUGGUCCAAACAAGCCUACAUUACAGUGGUCUGAAGAGCAGAGUCUAACAUGUGAAGAAACAUUAGAUAGGUAGCUAUAGCUAGAUGUGAGGGGUGAGUUCUAAAGGUAUGUGGCAUUACUGUUAUUGGGGAUCUGGUUGUAUUACAGAUACUUUAUAUGCCAGUACUAUGCUGACCACAUACACACACACACAACCUUGAUAUGUGCUCUCAGAUCAAAGCAGAACAGGAACAGAUUUCUGGACCGUCCACCAAUUCACAGAAAAAUAUUCCACAGUACAAAUGCAGGAUUUACAUUUAAUGUCUUAGUUCUGCAUGUCUUAAAUGUAUUCAUUAAAAUACUGUCAUUAAAAACACCUGACCGGUGUUUGCUGCACAUAAUUUUCUAUUUAUGUUGAAUAAAAUUGUUUUACCUGUUAAGUUCCUGCUUUGGAUUUCAAAUAAGUCCACACAAUGAAAGCAGCUCAGGAGUGACAAUGCUGGAUCAAUAAAAUUGUAGUUAUUCAAGA